GCAUCCUACACAGAGCAAGGACAGAGGAGACUUCAUUACCUGAGGCUAACAUCGAUGUAAACUGUAAGCUACCGGAGCACCUGUGGGCUUUUGUUUUUGGCUAUUUUCGGUCACUUUGGGCGUCCUUACCUGUGUUCAGCAGGUAUUAUUUGGUACUUUCUCGGAGGGGGAAAGACAGGUGUUACUCCACAGCAGGACACUGUGGAUGAAGACUCCUUUUUCGGAUCUUAAUGGCAAGAAGACUCGGUAAUGUGUGCCUAGCAUGGCUGAGGCUCCUGCAUCAACCACCCAGGGACCGGUAUGGCUUUUAGCCGCAUCAGUAGACUGGACCCCCCGUCCCGCGGCAUCUCCAGGAGAGCGGCGGUCAUGCUGGGCUCCCUCCUCACUUCCCUCUUCCUCCUGCACUGCCUCACGGACCGCUGCAGCACCUCCUCGCCGGUAAAAUUGUCCUCCAGCCGGGUUGAGGGGCAUAACGAGUACUUAGGGUCGAUAAGGAGUAAAAGACUGGUGUAUGAAUGGACACCGGAGUCCGAGCUGACGGGCUACGGGGCUUCCAGGCGCUCCUCACGGGUCCUAACGGAUGAGCGCGCGGGACAGACGCUGGAUCAGCCCGAGGAGUCUUUCAUGUUGCCGCCUCCGGAUUUAGUCGUCUCUGGCAGGAAAGUGUCGCCCAGGUUCGCGGGUAAACUCAGUCCACUCGGGGAGGGAAGUAAGAAGUUGCCUCAGGCUCUCAUCAUCGGGGUGAAGAAAGGAGGGACCCGGGCUCUGCUGGAGUUUCUGCGGGUUCAUCCGGACAUCAGAGCCGUUGGAGCGGAGCCGCACUUCUUCGACAGAAACUAUGACAACGGACUAGAGUGGUACAGAGAUCUGAUGCCCAAGACCCUGGAGGGCCAGAUCACCAUGGAGAAAACCCCCAGCUACUUUGUGACCAGGGAGGCUCCGGCUAGGAUCUCCGCCAUGUCCAGGGACACCAAACUGAUCGUGGUCGUGAGGGACCCGGUCACCAGAGCUAUCUCGGACUACACUCAGACUCUGUCCAAGAAGCCUGACAUUCCCUCUUUUGAGAGCCUCACCUUCAAAAACAGGACUACAGGGCUCAUCGACACCUCAUGGAGCGCCAUCCAGAUCGGCAUCUACGCCAAGCACCUGGACAACUGGCUGCAGUACUUCCCAAUGGACCAGAUUUUGUUCGUGAGCGGCGAGCGCCUCAUAAGCGACCCGGCUGGAGAGCUGGGCCGCGUUCAGGACUUCUUAGGGCUCAAGAGGAUCAUCACAGACAAACACUUUUACUUCAACCAGACCAAGGGUUUCCCGUGCCUGAAGAAGGCCGAAGGCAGCAGUAAGCCUCACUGCCUGGGCAAAACCAAAGGGCGGACCCACCCGAACAUUGACCCUGAGGUGGUGCAGAGGCUACGGGACUUCUACAGACCCUUUAACAUGAAGUUCUACCAGAUGACGGGACGUUUCUUUGGUUGGGAUGACUGAAUGUGUUUGUUUGUGACACUGAGGACAAGCAGAGAUACUGCGGUGGAGUAUUGGGAGCAAUUCAGUGGGAAAAAUGUUUGAUUCUGAGAAUAUAUUUAAUUUGAGAGUUCUUUAUUUAUGAAGUGGAAUUCUGUUAAGUUCUAAUUAGUUCAUCAGCCAUUUGCUCUGUGCAGUUUAGCUAUUUUAAAGAAAGAAUGAACUAAAAAACAUUGUUGGGUAAAUGAACGCUGUUUUGGAAAAAUUUACAGCGCUUCACUGCAAGCAAGACAUUUUAUUGUAGCGCUUCUCCAGCACGUCGCAUACAUGUUCUUCCACCUGAAGAGCACUGAGCUGCUUGGUUUUGUGAGAACCAGCUCAACUUGUCCAAAGUAGACUGAUACCCCAGGCUGAGAUAAAUAUAAACAAUACAUGUUUAAAGAGUACCUGGCUGACACAACAAAGUAUUUGCGAUAAAACUGGAUCUGGACACACCAUUAACACCAUCUUGAUGCAUCUAUAACUUUUAUCCAUAAUCCAUUAUCUCACCUGCACCCAUUACAACCCGUGAACUUGCACACGGUUGUAGACAUCAGCAUUCGAUAAGUGGUCUGGAUAACACUUGUUGUGUGGACAGUUUGUAGGCCAAGACAGGAACAAGAGUUUUGUUGCAUAGUCUGACAUGGCGCAGUCGUGAACAACCAAAAAGAAUGAUAAGAGAAGAAUGGUAGUUUAGAAAUGUGGGAUAGCUUGGAGGAUGACAAGUAGCAAGGAGAGGAUUUCACUGACUAUUUUGUGCCAGCAGCACAUUCCAGUGAUUGAUUACAUCCCUCAGAAAUGUAUGAUGACUUUCUCAGGACUCUUGCUUAGUUAGUUUUCCAAAACAGAUCAUUUCAGUAGCAUUAAAUUACUAACCUGACAUGCCAGACCGACUGUUUAUCCAUUGCAUGGAUACAUUCAUCUGGGCAACUUCCCAUACAAGGUGAUUGGGAAGGGCAGGACUUCAAAAAAUUCUCAGAAGGUGAUCGGACAAACGCUCUGUCUUUCACAUUUAUUACAGCCAAUCAGAGCAAAGGGACAAAAUGAGGUUUUAUGCAUGCGCAGCUCUGAUACAAAGCUGUGCUUGACAGGCAAACGUUACCAUAAUUUAUGAACAAUGGAGCUUGAUGUGGAUAAAACUCAUGCUGGGGCGGGUCAGCAGGAGAGCGAAAAUGUAUUCCCCACAAAGAAAAGCUCUCAGCUUGUUUUGAUAAAGAAAUGCCGACAAGUCCUGAUAAAACUGCUGUUGUGGCUACAUCUGAGCUAGUUGCUAAACCAUUCUACCGACCCCCCCCCCCCCCCCCAGUAAGUCUCGCAAACUCAUGCCAAGCAGCUUGGCAAAAGAGUGAAAACACUUCUUCCUUUUCCAUCAUGAAAAGCUUUCAGUGCUGUUCUUUGUUCUUUAUUUUAUACAGAAAUGUGGUGCAGUUCUGAUAAAAAUGACGCUAUACUAUAGCGGCUAAUUGCUACACUGGUGCAACCAUUACUAAUGGCUUUCAGUACAACCUAACCCUGUCUAACUACUUCCUUGUUCCAAAAAUGACACUGAUUGGUCAGAACCAAUUCAGUUCAUCAUAAACAAACCUAUCAUAGCUUUAAAAGAUGAAUUGGCCUGAUGACAGACAUUGUUUUUGAUCCACUAAAAUUAACAGAAGUUAUUUUCAGCCGUUAGUCUCCAGAGAGAGAGUCUGGUUUGAGAGGCACUACUGUAACAAACUCUGCAUUGAAAAAUGCUUUACAGUGAUUGGUCAAAGGCAGUGGAAAAUGUCAUGUCUGCUGCAGCAUUUUGGUUAGUUUGGCCAUCAGGCUCUGCAAGUUAAGAUAAUCAUUAUACAGUUGUGGCUAUCCUAAAACAGUAACUCUUGCUAGAACUGAAUCAAUUCCUGUGUAGAGUUUAUUGUGGACUUAACAUCACACCAUAAGAGAAUGAAUGCAAGGAUAACACAACUUUCAUCUCACAUAAAUCAACACUAAAUACACAUUUAAUAAAGAGACUUGUUUUUGUUUGCAUCUGUUUUUGUUCCAACUGUAUUCAAAGAAUUUAGAAGUAAUAUGAAAACAGACUGUACAUUGAGAGAUAUUUUACAUCACAAGAGUCGAGCAAAUCUUACUAUACCAAUAUGUUUUCACCUAAUAUUGCCAUCUAACAACUUUUUCCUGAAUUGCCAGGAUAUAAUUCUCAUGAUCUGACAUUUUUCUCCUCCUCAAAGUGUUCCUAAUACUCCGUCCUCAGCAGUGAGCCUAUGAGCAAUACAUGGCUGUAAGAGGAGAGAGAAAGGCUCCCUAGAUAUGCAAUACUUCACUGUUCCAUUUUCAUCAUAUUUGCUGCCUCUAAUCCACAAUCAUGGAGAUUUUUCUACGUCUCCAAACAUGCUGUGUUGUUGAAGGGAUUGUGUUUUAUCUCCCUGCACUAUCUGAGGAAACUUUUUCUUUCAGUUUGAAGGCACAGGAAUAUUGAUGCAGUGCUUCUUUCAGAAUAAGGAUAAAAUCCUGCAGGGACUGAGUGAUUAAUGCCAUAUUUCAAACAUGCAUAGCUGCUUUUAAAUUCUAACAUUUUUCUAGAAAAAGAAUAUGUAAAGAUAAAAAUAUAUGUAUUUUCAAAUGUAUUUAUUCAAGCAGUAUGUAUUUUAAGUAACUCCUCAGAGUUUUAUUUCUUUAUAUUUAACACUUCAGACAUGUUAUCCUCAGUUUAAUUCCAGCUCUUGGAUUUUAAUUUGUAUUUUUGGGGGGGUUGUUCUUUCCCUGCGUUCAGAUAAUGAAGUUUAAGUUUUAAAAAAAAGCACUCUCUGUUAUUGGAAGAACAGCGACUCUGGUGGAGGGAGCGGAUCUCCAGAGGGCCUUCCCAAAAACUGUGACUCAAAUUUCCUCAACAUGCCUCCAUGUGAAUUGAAUACACUUGAUGUCACUGGCCUUCCUUGCCUCGAGGCGAUGUGCGUGCGUGUUUGUCUGCGUGUGUUUUUAAUCCUGGAGAGCAUGAGAACAACGGCUGAGUUGUGUUCCUAAUUUGUGUCCACUUUAUAAAAGCAGAUGUGCCUCGAAAGACUCCGAAUCAGCGGUGUGUUUUGGUGAAAGAAUCAAAUGAGAGCCAAACAUGCUGUCGAGUUUUUCUUUGGUUGGAGAUGUUAUGGAUCUAAUUGUGCUGUUCUGACUCUUUUCUUAAAGUUUGGGGGAUUUUUAAGGCACUCAUUGAA